AGCUCAGCUUUUACGACAUAUCACACACGACACGAAAAGAGUUCAUUUUACAAUAAACCUGCUUUAAAGUGGUCCUAAUUAAAAAUUUAAAGAUAAAAUAAAAUGACGGAACGGGAACCCAUAAGCGGUUCCGGCCGUGAUUACGGCGCUACGGCGGCGCCUCCACCUGUCGCCUUCGCUGACUUCAGCCCGACGGAACUUUACAAUUUGACAGAAGGCAUAGCCGAUAACAUAAACUCUAUCAACUCAGGAUUACUCUCAUUGGAGAAGACGAUGAAACAAAUCGGAGGACCCAAUGAUAAUUUGCAGUUCCGAGAAAAAGUGCACGGCUGCCAGCAGGCCGUGAACGCGCGCGUGGCGGCGACGACGCGUUCGCUGGCGCGCCUCAGUGCCGGCGCGCGCCGCGGCCACAAGCCGCACCGCCUGCAGGUGGAGCGCCUCGCGCAGGCCCUCGCCGACGCGCUGGACAAGUACGCCGCCGUGCAGAAGCAAGUAUCGGCGAAGAUGGCGGCGCACAUGCCGCGCGCGCCCCGCCCCUGCCCCUCGCCCCCCUCCCCCUCCGCCUCCCCCCCGGCGCAGCGGCAGGCGCUGGCCGACGAGGAGGAGGCCGCGCUGCUGCACAACCAGCAGGCACAGGCGCGCCUGGUGCAGUUCGAGACCAGCAUGAUGCUGGAGCGCGAGGCCUACAUGAGCAAGAUCGAGGCCGACGUGCUGGACGUGGGGCAGGUCAUGGGCGAGCUGGCGCGUCUGCUGCAGGCGCAGGGGCAGCACGUGGACUCGGUGGCGGAGCACGUGGAGGCGGCGGGCGCGCGCGUGGAGGCGGGCGCGGAGGAACUGGCGGCAGCGGCGGCCCACCAGCGCCGCUACCGGCGGAAGGUGCUCAUACUCACCAUCGUAGGCCUCGUGCUCGCCGUCGUCUUCGUCGUGUGGGUAGUUCGAGCCUUCAGGUAGACUGCGCCCGGUCGGACCGUGGAAUACCCGACGCAAUUUUGUCGCAGAAUCGUCUCGGCGAUCGCUGCGAAAAUUGCACGCUGUUCCGAAUUCACAUAAUACGGGUACGAGUUGCCGUUUUCGUGCAGCAGAAAAUUAGGAACGCCGCAUACUUAAAACGCGGCGGCGGAUGUGAGAAUCCUUGGCCUUUCUGAAAAAAACUCAAAGCGUUAAUUUGAAAAAUGCUUUUUAGGAGAACGUUUCGAUCAUCAUUAUGGUAAUAUUAUUAAAAAUUUGUCGGUGCCGAAACUGGUACACCUUCCUUGUUUUACAUUAAAAAAUAAUUUAAUUGUGGUAACAUGGAAGUAAAUAGAUAAACGAUUUUCUUACAUUUGCAGAGUAGAUGAUUAAUUAUAUAAUAGGGAACACAAUAUUUAAAAAUACAAUAUUUUGUUCUUUAUUACAUAGCCUACUAAAAUUUCUUCUAUAUUAAUCGAUUAGUGUUCUAACCGAUCAAUCGGUGUAUAAAAUCGAUAAAAUUGAUCUUGUACAUUUAAUUGUCAUUUUCGGUACACAGGUCGAGUUAUCAUAAAAUAUCAAUUUUUUACAAAUUGCGAAACAUCAUAAUAUACUCUAUCCAAGAAUUGACCUUAAGGUGGGUUAUCGUGAUUUAAUUCCGUGUGACCGUCAACAGAUGGCGUUAAGGUUUAAAUUUUAUUAUUUAUUUUUUAUUAAUGAAUAUAUCUAUAAUCGUUUAUAAUUAUUCGCUAUUCGUUAUGUUCUGAAAACGAUAUAUCUAAAAAAAUAUUUUUAUACGUUUCCAAAGACGUACAUGUCUAAACGAGAAUUUAGACUCGUAAUUUCCAAAGUAGUUUUGAUGGAGAACUGUAGAUAGAAGUUUAAUAUUCACAUUAUGACGAGUUUUAGAAAUAUUUAAACUAAAGCAGCGGCCUACAAGACAUAGAAAGUUUGGGAACCUCUGAUUUAGAUAAAUAAACGUACUUGAGCGUGACGUUCCACUUUAAACCGGUAAUUUGGAAUGUAAAUUAUGAAAUUUUGCUCAUGAAAUUAAAAGAACAUAAUAAAGCUAAUGAAGUCUGUGAUUAGGUAAGAUGUUAUUUAAUUAUUUAUCAUAAUCAUAAUCAAUCGGAACAAUAUGACUCGAUAUUGUUACGUUUUGUUGAGCAAUGUACGAUGAUAUACUAUAAUAAAUAGUACUUUUUACUCAAAGUAUUAGUGAAUACAUACUUACAUAUUAUGAAAUAUUUACAAAUGGUCGUCAUUCAUUCAAAUGCUUCAACAUCAGACCGAUGCACGUUCACGGUACAAUAUAAUCCGCACAUCCUCCGCGCGUUAUCCACUCGCGGCUCCACUCCAUAUCCACACAACGUUUACUAAUAUUUAUGGUUAGCGUUACCAACAGUUUCUGCGGCGAUGCCAUUAGCAUGACUAUUCAAGACUGACCCUCGAUAUUGUUCGUUAGAAUUUUAGAUAAUCUUUUAUUUUAAAGUAAAUAGAAUGCUUCGAGACGCUGCGGGCAACCUUAAGAGCGAUAACCUAGUCUUCUACUUAAUUUCAUACAAUGAAACCUAUUAAAAAUUUACUAUUAUCCUAAAAAUUACUUUUAUCCUAUGCCUAUGCUUCACGUAAACCACUAGUUUCACCCUGUAAAACGUAUUUUGUACAGCUUACUAUUUUUUAUUAACCUAGUUGUGUGAUAAAGCUAUACCGGUCUGGUGCCGUAGCGAUUAAUGACAUACGACCCAUAUACAUAUGUGUAUAAAGCCUUAUAUAGAUUGUAACAAGUUUACCUAUUUAUUAACUUAGGUAGAAUUUUAUAUCUUCUAAUGAAGCAUAAUAAUAGCUAACGUUAAGUUUACAACAUUAUUUAUUUUAGUAUUUUUUUUAUUCUAUUUUUAUCACGUGUCAUCAUAAUAUCACAUUCCAAAAAUGUUAUUGCUAAAAUCUUUAUAAUUUGUGUAAUCUCAAUUCUGUUAACACUUAUUCGAGCUAUAUUGAUGAAACAACUUUGAAACGGUUUCAUUCAGUUUGUAUUUUUCUUCUCGACGUUUUGGACCAUUUACAGGUUCCGUUUUCACAUCGGUCAAUGUUAAUAAAAGAAGAAUACAAAUGAAAUGAAACCGGUUAAAAAGUUGUUUCAUUUAUUAAUUCAAUCUUCAUAAUUAUAAUCAGUAUUCAGACAGUUAUUCUUUUCUUAUAAAUAAAAUAUGUGAAUGAUCUAUUUGUGUUUUA